CUUAGUCUAUUCUUACGGCUAUAACAAGUGCUUUGAAAAGCAGUUUUAAAAUCCCAAGUAAUUCCUGAUAGGAAUAUCCUCCUUUCUCUUUUAACUUAGAACCUAUCUCUCCGCAACCAAUCGUUUUCAUCAUCAACAUCCUAAUGGAGAUCCCACCUGGUACUGAUCUCACCAAGGUUCCUUUAUUACCAAACCCUGAUGGCUCGCCACCCAAUUUUGACAACCCCGUGUCCCUUAAAGCGACGACAUUCUCGGUAACUAUUAUCCUGGUAGCUACAUCAUCCGUGUUGGUACUGUUAAGAGUUAAGGCACAUUCGAAGAUAUACAAGGGGCUUGCGCUUGACGACUGUUUUUGCAUCGCAUCUUGGGCGCUUACGACUGUCUACAGUGCUGUUGUUAUGUCUUCAACAUCUACGGCUCGGCAUAUUUGGGAUGUUCCACUAAGUGCUAUCGAUGAAUCAUGGGUUAAACAAAGUGCAGUUUUAGGUACAAUAUAUGGCCCAGCUAUGUGGUUCGCCAAAACCGCCAUUUUGACAAUGUACCUGCGUCUAUUUAGCGUCAAGACAUGGAUGAAAUGGUGCUGCUACUGUGGCAUCGGCUUCCUCUUCUGCGCUUACUGGAGCCUUGUUCCAGUUUCAGCCAUAUAUAAUUUCCCACAUGGCGAUGAGCAUUGGGACCUUUCACUAUCAAUAGACAGCCAGCCAGCCCAGGUUCCAUUUGUUGUCAUGGGCCUCAUCAGUGUGGUAUCCGACCUAUAUAUCUUAGUCUUACCCUUUCCAAUUUUAUUGACACUGCAGGUGUCACGGAAAAGGAGAGUAGGGCUGUGCUUAGUUUUCUUAACCGCUAUCAUUGGAAUUGUGAGCAGCUGCUUAGUAUUCUACUUCCGUAUCGUGCUAUGGCGAAACGAUACAGAUGACUCAACAUGGAACGUGGCGGCUUCUUACUUAACAGUCGCUGUUGAAAUGAAUGUUGCCGUCAUUGUUAGCUGCACACCGGCUGCUGCAGCGACGUGGAAUCUUAUGCUUCAAGACUCGAAGCUCCUUUCUAGUCUUCGUUCAUUAUUUAAUAGCUCUAAGAACCUAGUAGGGGACUCUUCCGGUUCAAAUGCGAGUAAAAUCAAACACACCGAGCCAGCGCCGGUCUCUACGACCUACCUUAUAUCCUUAGAGUCGAUCAAUACUCGCGGCGGGGAUAUAGUUUAGGUAAUGACUUAUUGUUUAGAGACAAUAUGUUCACGUAUGGGAACUAAAUAUAGGAUAGGGCCAAUGUUACUUGGGGGUGCUAAUAGCUGGUAACAUUGACUGGGAUUCACAUUGCCUUCGAUAGCAAAAGGAAUUCGAGGCAUUCGAAUAUUGUCUAGUGUAGGAGAGCUCUCGGACUGGAUAGGAGAUUGGUAUGACCUCUCUCAGAGGAUAUUUGUUUUGCCUACCCAUUUGCCGCUUCGGGGUCUUGAACGAGGAUUUGAUGUGGGUUGUUUCAGUCCCAGAUACAAUAUGUGUCGCAUAUAUUAAGUAAUGACAUUUAUGACAUUACAAGAUACCUGUUGGUCAAGUGGUCAAUCUGACAAUAUGAAUUCAAUAACAGUUUAUGUAGGCC